AUGAACCCCUCUGUUGUGGCUGCCCACAAGAGGAUUGGACUUCUCCAAAGUUCAACAAGUGGCAAGGGAAAGCCAUGGAAAGAUGCAAAAGUCCAUGGACAAGAUGGAGUAGAUCACUCCUCACCACUCAAAGGAGGCUCUACCCAAGAGCCUCACAGAGCCUCUUCUUUCGAGCCAAGGGAAGGGGAAGACAACUCACGCAGAGAAGGAGGAAGAGCUCUAAGGCCAGACGCUCCAGCUCGACCACCGGACUCGAUCGAGUCCAAACAGAGGAAACUCAACUCGAUCGAGCUGAGGGUCGAGUUGACCUGGAGGAGCCCCUGUUUGAGAACCCUGGAUUCGAGUACGAUUCAACGCCCUACCAGGACUUCUCCCAGACCAACUGGACCCCCUACAACCGCUUCGAGCAAGCACAGCUCCACCAAGGCCAAGGAAGCCACACCCACUUUCGAAGAUGAAGAAGAGGAAGAAGAGGAGCCGCAAGCUCGAUCGAGUGAGGCGAACCCAGUCGAGUGGAGUCCCUGA